GUUGCACAUUGGAAUUCCUCUGGAUGUGUCACUGAGAAGAAGGACAAUGAAACAGUGUGCUCCUGUAGCCACCUCUUCGCUGUGCUCAUGGUGCUGGUUGACUGACUCUGCUCUGGCCACGGUAUCCUUUUCGUACUUUGUGCUGACAUUCGUGGUGAACGUGCUGUGCUUUGGGUCUGUGACAGUGAAGGUGGUGAGGGCCCACCGUCAGAGUCCUGUCCUGAGGGAGAGGAGUAUGAGCAGGGGGACAGUACUCAGUCUGCUGGGUCUGGCCUGGCUCCUGAGGGUCUCCUGGGGGGUCCUGCUCUUCCAGUUUGGCCCCCUGAAGGAGACAACCUUCUACAUCUUCUGCACUGUCAACUCUCUCCAUGGCCUCUUCCUGUUUCUACGCAAUUGGUCUUUAACUCGGCCAGAGAAAGAAUCUGUCUCCACGGCAACCACUGCAACCUCUUCAAGGGCGAUGCAUCCAGCUGAGGCCAGUCCCUGACUAACAUGGUUAAACCUUUCACUACUAAUACCACUGCUCCCAUUUUAUUACCACAGAAGCACAAUAUUUAGU